AGAAGCCGGGCAGGACCAGUGGUUUAACCUCAGUUGUUGAGGUCUUCCCCAGUCGUUGGCUUUAGAGCGGAGCUGUUGGCAUUUCCAUGCUCCCGUGCCGCCGAAGGGCUGGUAUGCGGUCUCUGAACUGACUGACCUUGUGGCUUCCGGGACCCUUCCGGGUUGAAGUCUUUAGGACCUGUUCCUGAGUGGAGAGAAAAUUGGUGUGCCUAGAAGCAGAUGUUAAAGGUGGUUUCUCCCUCAUCUUUUUUCAUACAACCUGAUAUAACCUUCUUGAUACGUCAUGGCAGUGGCAGUAAAAUGGAUGAUAGCAAAGAGAACUAUCUUGAAGCAUUUAUUCCCAAUCCAAAAUGGAGCUUUAUCUCAUAUUUGUUGUAAGUCUACGUAUUCUUCUCUUCCAGAUGACUAUAAUUGCAAAGUAGAACUUGCUUUGACAUCUGAUGGCAGGACAAUAGUAUGCUACCACCCUUCUGUGGACGUUCCAUAUGAACACACAAGACCCAUCCCUCAACCAGAUCCUGUCCAUAAUAUUGAAGAAACACAUGAUCUAGUGCUGAAAACCAAAUUAGAAGAAAAACGUGAAUGCCUUGAGCAAGGACCCAUGAUAGAACAACUCAGCAAGAUGUUCUUCACCACCAAGCAUCGCUGGUACCCUCAUGGACUGUAUCACAGACGUCGUAUGAAACUGAAUCCUCCAAAAGACAGAUGAUACUGAGGCUCAUUUGCCAUUGGAGAAAGUACAGUCUAAUACUGCAUGGUAAUAGUAAAGUAAUAA